UAUUAUUUUGUGGCAUUUGCAUCGUACUCGUGUACUUAGUACUUCGUAGCUCGUUGUUUCUCAAUUGUGUUGGGUAGUUCGCGAUUCAUUUUCAUCAAUUUGUGAGCUUUGUGAUUCCUACCAGUUCGAUAACUUUUUUGAAAAAAUGGCCAAAUAUUUCAUCGCGGAGCCUAUUUUGAUUUUUAUCGGUAUUAUUAAAGUUUUAGGGAAUUUUCAACCUUUCGAAUCGUUUUAUUUGGAUUACGCGUCCCAAAAAUAUAAUUUCACUUUAGACGAAGACAAAAAACAAAACCUGGUCAACUGUAGAAAUAUUUGGUGUUUUAUAUUCACUUUUGUUAUACUAUUUAUAACCGAUGGUCUGAGAUAUCGACCAAUUAUCAUAUCGGGCUCGAUUAUCACCUUAUUGCGAUACAUUUUAUUAUUUUUUUGGCCGAGUGUCUUUUUAAUUCAAGUUGAGGUAAUUUUAUCUGCGUUUCAACAUUCAUCAGCAAUCGCCAGUAGUGUUUACUUGUAUUCCAAAAUCAAAGAUGAAUCCAAGUAUCAGAAAAUCACCGCCUACGUGAAUGCAUUUUUUCUUUAUGGAAUGUGCCUUAGUACUGGCGUUGGAUUGGUUUACGUGAAUAUUUUAGGUCUGAAUUUGAGCUAUUUGCUCGCAUACAAUAUCACAGUCGUCUUUAUAGCUCUUAUCUGCGCAUUUAUUCUACCUUCAGUGGAUCCUGAAGAGUCAACAGAAGGCCUGCAACAUGUAAAUAGUCAGAAUCCUAUUCUUCGAACAGAAAAGCUUCACCGAAACAGUGCAUUGAGAACCAUCUUACACAUGUGGUUUAAUUUCAAGACAGCUUAUACAAACAUUUAUGUACUGAAAUGGUCCUUGUGGUGGUCCCUGACUUCAUUUUUGGCACUUCGAGUGCGGUAUCAUUAUCUCACAUUUCUUGCAUCGAUUGAAAACGACGAGACAUAUUUUCUCACAAAAAAUAUCCACCCAGUCGUAUUCAUAAUUUGCCAAUUAACAAGUGCUGUUUUAGUGAUUAUUUGCUCACUCAAACCGACCAACUGGAAAGCUCGAGGCGACCCCAUCCUUAGUCUGGUUUCAUUCACUUUAUCAGUAUUAGCCAUAGCUCAAUACUUCAAUCACUUUUGGCCAUUUAUUUUAAUCGGUAUUGAAGUAAUUUUCGCAAUAAUCGUCGAAGUAUUCCUCACCAUAUGUUUAUGGGAAAUUGUUCAAAUUAUACCGAGGAAUAGUUACGCUUUGAUCGUAGGAUUCAAUACUCUUGUGUUUAAUGGGCUGCAUAACUUUUUACCUUUCUCUAUUCGAAUGACUGAUUUUGUUGCCAAACAAGAAUUUAUGCUUUAUGGAAUAUGUUUUGCUGUAAUUGGAAUUGUGUUUGGCUUAGCUGGAAUUUCACGUCCACUUGGAAAUGAUUUUGAUCAAAUCAUGAAACGACAAGCUCCUGACGAUCUGGAAAAAUAAUUAAGAUGGUUUGAAUUGCAUCACUCCCCCUUCUCCCUGUUGCUUCACUAAUUAUAAUUUUAGAUACAAACAACGCCUAGAGCUAUUAAAUACCUAUACCUACCUACUA